AUGCCAAAAGUUGCCAACUUCAUAUUCAAGAACGCCUUCCCAGGCCUUGAAGAGCUGUCUUCACGCUCUCCCAACGUUUACAAUCACCAGUGCAUGCUAACCGAGAUCCAAACCAUCUUUGUCGACGAGAGCAACACUCGGCUCACAGUCUGCGACAGUGAAGGCCACGAGAUAUGCAGUUUAUCAGGGGCUCAGUUAAAAACAACAUUGACAACUCCCUCAGGUCCGGCCAUACCAUCGCCAUCUUGUAUCUUUUCUGCAGUCAUACCAAGCACCCUUUUGUUGAUCAAAUUGGUAUAUUUUGUGUGGCUUUCAAUCCGGAAAAGUAAAACGGAAGACUGGUCGCCAAAACCAGAAGGCUACUUGUCUUAUUGA